GGCCACUUUUUUCGAUGAUGAAGCCAGGAAUCGUCGAUUUAUAAGUCAAGACGUUAUCACGUCAAAUCGUCCGUCGGCUAAAGGCCAUUUUUUUGAGUUAGGAAUGCAGUCUUCAUAAUUUUGGGAUGCUCUUUAGUUUGGCGCAAACCAUUUCAUUCUUUGUAUUUUAUUUUUCCAGUUACAGAAGUUCUGUUUCAUGUUUUAAAAACAAAAUUAUCAAGGCUUUCAGCAAAAAAUCAAUACCAAUCAAAAACUUUCUGACAUAAACUAAAAUUUUUAAUCUGAACUUCAAACAUCGAUUCCCCAACAUUUUGAAUAAUGGACAUUGAACAAGAUAGCAUCCAGCCGACGAAAACUCUAUUUUGUUAAAGUGGCAGCUUUGACAGAGAGCAAUUCACGAACGAUUAUGGUGCCCAAAGAAGAAUAGGAAAAAAUGCCGAUGACAUGAAAAUGAAACCCAAUUCGACUCAUUUUACUUCAGUAUUCAGUUGAGUUUUAACUGGUGACGCGUUCGAUCGUUUAUGUGACGUUGCCCUGAUAAUUUUCGUUAUUUUAUUUUUAUUUUAUUCUUUUAUUAAUUUGUUUAUAAUUUUUUCUCAAUCACCAAAAUAAGUAAACAAUUGUGGUUCUUAUGUAUUAGUUACAAAAUCAGAAAUCUUUAAUACUCGAAAAAAGUGGGUAUGUACAACACAACAAAAAAAAAGUACCCAACGCAUUCCGAUAGGCUUGAACACAAAGAAAACUUGUUAAAAAAAAAGUCCCUAGCUCCCUCGCAGUCGUGUUUCGUGUAUAUUAACUCCACAUACUACAGAACAGCCAAACCAGUCAAACAAGAAUGAAACAAAAAAUGCAUUGAAAGUGCAUCAAAGCAAGACAAACGGCUUUAAUAUUUCCUCCAUUAUAUAUAUUUUAAUUUGUUUGUUUAUGUGUUAUUUUGUGUAGCUUUUUGAAUAUUUUCCGUUUUCUUGUCCCAUAACCUGUGCGACCGCUCUACCCCGCUUAGCGUGUAGUGGAACGUGUUUGUUGUUUUCCUUUUUGUAUUUUUAUUUAUUUCGUCGUGACGUUGUUUGGCAUUUUCCUGUUUGUUUGGAUUCUGGAAAAAAAUUACAAUAAAAAAAACUGUGCCAUACAAAAUGACAAAUCCCAAACUUUCGCAAAUAAAGAAAUAUAAAUAAUAAAAAAAUGUUGCAAACUAUCGAACAACGACAAACGCAUUCUAAUAAUUCAAACUCUACCACCACAACAACACCAGCAAGUACACCACUUGCUGUUUAUCUGUCAUCAGCAACAUCAACAUCGUCUGUCGAUUCGGCGUCAAAUCGUUCUGCCCGACGUCGUUCCACCUUCUAUGUGCCAUUAGUUAUAACAGACGACGACGAAGACACAACCAAAAACACACAACGACCUCCCAGUCUAAGUGACAGCGAAAGCCUCACGAAUUUACAGAAAAUUACUCUAUCCCCAGCAAAGAAUUCUAAGCUAAUUUCACUAUUUGGCACUAGCAAUAACAAAUCUCACAAAAUGUCACCCCCAUGUGGCUUCAACUGGAGCAUCACUGGGAUGGCAGAUGUCGAUCUGAACGAUGACGACCACAGUGAUGGUGGAGAGUUUGUGAAGGCGGCAACUGCCAAGACUCCUGCUUCCAGCAAGAACAGUAACCGAAAUAGCAACGUUAGCAAUGCCAGUACAACGACUGGCAGUAAAACAAGUACUCCUGUGAAGAAGCUUUCGAAUGCAUCAAAGACUAAGCGAUAUGGAGUUGUGAUGAACAGCAUAAAUCUGGAUCAAGAUGAUACACCAGAAAAAUCACAACCACCCCAAGUGGCGCAGGCACAAGAGCCACCACCUCUAAAUAAAAGCCUUUCUUUAAAUCGAUUGCUCGCCGAACUGGAUGACGAUAUUAUGAUGGCGGACGAAGAUACAGCAGUGAUAGCUGGAAAUCGCGAUUACGAUGACGAUGAUUCAGAGAUAAGUCGCAUGCAAACGAAUACAUCGACUCCGAUAAAAAUGAUGAAGUCACGUUCGCGCACAAAUAUAUUAUCAGUGCCGCAACAACAACACAGACCCAAAACCAAUACAACAAUGAUGAGUAGUGUGAGUAAUUUGAGUGUGAGUAACUGCCGUGCAAAAGCUAGCACCUUACCUCAAAAUUUGUCGCCUUCAGUUGCUCUGAGACAGGGCUCGACUGCUGGAGUAAGUAGUUUUUAUCCAAAUUCGCAAUUAGGAACGAGUAAUUGCAGUAAAAUUGGCAGCAGUAGUAUUGUCAUAUCAAAUACGUUUCCGCCGAAAAAUCUCUUCCUGUUAAAGUCAACACCAAAACUAAUGCAGUCGGCCUCGGCUUCGUCUGUACCACUUACCAUUGGUGGUGGUGGCGGUGGAGGGAAAUUAACCGCGACUAAGAGUUUUUCGUCUGAUACGUCAAUUACUUCGCCACAACAACAACAAGCGACAUUGGGAACGUCUUCGUCUCCGGCUAAAAAGUCGUUAAGUUUUAUACGUCGCGCACACUCGACAAAAUUAUCGCGAAGCAAUUCGUUGCUAAAAUCGAUUACCUCGUCGUCGGGGACAACAGCUGCUGGAUCAGCGGCGGCAGCAGGUUUAAGUGCGAGCUGCACGAACAGUCAUAACUUGGCUUUGUAUUUGGCAUACGAUGUUCGUCCGUUGUCGUUGGAAUUGCUACAGCGAUUUUUUAGGUCAGAUCGGUGUGUGGAGUUAAUAAGAGAGCACUUUAAAAUUGUGGAUAUAAUAAAGCAAAAUGGUUCAACGCAAGAAUGCAAUUUAGAAAGCAGCAUUUAUAAUCGCAGUCAUCACGAGCAGACAGAAUAUGAUGUAGAAUCAUCAAUGCGGGCAACAAUGGAUGAUGACGAAGAUGCGGGCAUUCAUUCGGGUGAGUUAAUUGCGGUGUUGAGAAAACAAAAUGUAGGAGGACAAGAGAAAGACACAUCAUACGAAAAGGCAUGUAGACGUGGCUCAGCACCAGCAACACCGAUUCUGGGUCAAAAACAAAACCAACAGGAGCACAAUACCACAUCAAGGUUUACAAAUUUCUUUUCAAAAAGAUCAAAUCCUUUGAAACGUACAAAAUCAGUUACCAAAUUAGAAAGAACCAAAAGAGGUUCGGGUGGCCUUCGAGGAUCCCGAUCCCAUGAGAGUUUACUCUCAAGUCAUGCAGUUAUGUCGACGAUAGAUCUCUCAUGCACCGGAGCAGUCGGAGUAGCACCUGUUCAUCAAUCGGUUCUUGGUCGACGUCAUUGCUUCCAAGUUCGUGGUGGGCCCCGUGGGGAACGCUAUUACAGCUGUGGAUCAAGACAAGAGCGUGAUUUAUGGAUAUACAGCUUACGAAAAUCAAUUACUCCCAAUUCUGAUCAUACCCGCCACAUAGAUAACUCAUUAAAAAUGUGGAUCUAUGAAGCAAAAAAUCUUCCACCAAAAAAGAAGUAUUUCUGUGAGUUGCAUUUGGAUAAAACUCUUUAUGGACGAACUAGCGUAAAGUUACAAACAGAUCUACUCUUUUGGGGUGAAUAUUUUGAUUUUCCUGACAUACCGGAUAUAAAUGUGAUCACCGUCAAUGUGUUCCGAGAAGUUGAAAAGAAAAAAAAACGAGACAAGCAUCAGUUUGUGGGUUCAGUGAAAAUUCCAAUUCACGAAGUAACAUCUCGUUCAUUUUCGGAGGAUUGGUAUCAGAUUUUGAGCGAGAAAAAUGACAAUAGCAUGAACAGAGGCUCUUCAAAGGAAGUAACACCGACACUGCGUAUAAAAUGCCGUUUCCAGAGCACAGACAUUCUUCCAAUAAAUGUGUACGGUGAUUUUCUAGCUUUUUUAAAAGAAAAUUACAAACGUGUUUGUGAAUCACUUGAACCAGUGAUUGGGGUCAAGGCCAAGGAAGACAUCGGUCAAGCAUUGGUGCUUUUAAUGCAUGCUCAGGGUUUAGCUGGUGCAUUUUUAACUGAUGUGGUUGCCUUGGAUCUUCUCAGAGUAGGUGAUCAGCGACUGACGUUCCGUGGUAAUUCUUUAGCAACCAAAAGUAUGGAAGCAUUUUUGAAAUUGACAGGCGAACAAUAUCUCCAAGAUACACUAUCGGCUCCUAUUAAUGAGAUCAUUCAGUCGGACCGUGACUGUGAAGUAGAUCCGCUUAAAGCCACUGGAUCUCUUGUAAGGCAACAGCAGUCUCUUCGAAACGCAGUCCGCGCUGCAUGGUGUAGCAUUUAUGAAUCGCACAAACAUUUUCCACCACAGCUGCGCGAGUGUUUUGCUACAUUCAGAGAACGCUUGCAGACCCUCGGCAGGGAAGAUAUGGCCGAUAAUUUGAUUUCGGCAUCUAUUUUUUUGCGAUUCCUUUGUCCAGCAAUUCUGUCUCCCAGUCUAUUUAAUAUUACCAAUGAACUUCCAUCUAUCAGAGCGACUCGCAAUCUCACUUUAGUUGCAAAGACUCUUCAGACUCUUGCAAACUUUACUCGCUUCCAAGGCAAAGAGAAUUUUAUGGAGUUUUUGAAUGAUUUCCUCGAACAGGAGGCCCCAAGAAUGAAGGAGUUUCUGCAUAAUAUUUCAACCCGCCCCGAGCAUACACCACCAGAAUCGAUACUUGAUUGGUCCGGUUAUAUAGACCAAGGCAAACAAUUAUCCAUACUAUAUAGCCUUCUUUCAGAGAGUAUUCAAAAACUGAGUGAAAAUCGACAACGUGAGUUAGAUCCAAUGCAGCAUAUUCUCGAUGAAAUUUCAAAAGCUAUUGAGUCCAAUCGCUUCUCAAACGAUAAUCAAGAGAAUCGUAACCCGGAUGAACAACAUUAUUCCGGUGGUGCUCAACCACAGACACAAAAAUGUGUUCCACCCGAGCGUGGCAUCAUUCGAGGCGUAUUGACACCCAGCUCGCUUGAGAAAAAUAUCUUCCGUUAUAAUGACCCCACAGUAACUCCCUUAUUACAAGAGAACAAACGCAAUUCGAAUAGUCAAUCGAGCAUUAAUGGUGUUCAUAGCAAUAAUACGGGUCAACUACAUCACUCACAAUCGCAAUCGUCUAUAGCUUCAUCUCAAAAUGGGGGAGGUGCACUCAUUCCAACCACAAUUCAGCAUCACUGCCCACCUCCCCCAUCGUCUGUCACAAGCACUGCAGAGAGAAACUCUGCUGGAGGAUCUGGUGUUUCCGGAAGUAAUGCAUAUAAUGUUGGAAAUGUACACUACGUUCCGAGCAAUGGAAACAUUUCUACAAUUAGCACAAAUGGCAAUAGUUCAAGUCCGAGUUCUUUAAGGGCGACCACUUUGCCAAGAAACAACAACAACUACGAUGAUAACGCUGUAGUAACUGGAGGAGGAAACCUUAUUCAAAUUGGCCUUCUGGAUCCAACAAGUGCAUUUGUUCGCAAGAGCCCGACACCACAUAUGAAAUUAAACUCUCGUGGAAAAAACUCAGCCAAUGGCUCUCAAUUAAGCCUUCUAAGUGAAAGAGCACCAAGUAAGCUGAAUUUGGGCAUUCCUGAUCCAGCACAUCAUCAUAUAGCCAAUAGUUCUGCUGUACAAAUUGGUUCGUCUGGUGAAAACAAUCCAAACAGCAAUAUGCCAAUGAAUUUGGAGGAUCUCGAUGACCUUUUUAAAUACGCCGAGGAACAGGCUAUUGCAGUUGCAGCUGCAGCUGAUUCCAACAAACCCAAAGAACCAUUAACAUCGAAAGGCAGCCACUGUAGUUCGGGAUACCAAAGUAUAAACACUCCAUCCUCUAGUCCUGUAGACCAACAGCAUGCUCAACAACAGCAACAAAUGAUGAAUAGCAACCCUUUGAACAGACAACAGUUGCAUUUGGGAAGUAGUGGCCUUCAGCCACCGCUUGCAUUUAAAAAUCCCAUCUAUCAACUGCAGUCUUCAGCUUCGUCUACUGCAUCAUCGACAAAUUCAAAUGCACAUCACCACCAUCAUCACUAUCACCAUCAUGCUCAACAGAUGCAGCAACAACAGUUACAGCAAGCACAACAAGCGCAAUUAAUUCAACAACAGCAGCAACAUCGACCAAACAACUACACCAUUUCAAAUGUGUUCCCCAAUAAAGCGGGGGGUAUGAUAACCGCUCGAGCAACUCACCUUGAACGAACGGGAGGAGCGUCGUCAUCAUUGACUCCUUCCAGCAGUGAGGAGCGACUCAGCACCGAUAAUUACCAUGUAAUUCCCUUUAAGACAAACGCUCCAGAAAACGGUCACGUUGAAACCCACCGAUCACUAAGUGGGACUAGUAGCAGUAGUGGUGGUGGACGUGUGCCGCGCACAAAUCCGCAGUACAAACGAGACGAGUAUAAUCCACAGAAUGACACCUAUGCACCCAUUGCGAGUUUUUUAAAUCGAAGCAUACGCGAUGGACAUCCAACCGCUGGGCCGGUAGCAAUAUACAAUGGUAGUCCAGCCGGCCAGCAUCACCAUCAUUUGAAUGGGAAAAUGAUAACGAAUGGUCCAAUUGCAGGCAGCAAUAAUAACCGAUACCAAAGACGAUUGAGUUUGGACUCAGCCAGAACAUUAUCGGAUAGUUCAACAGACACGGAAGGUGUAUGUCAACCCAUCGAAGGUAAACGCCGUCGACAGCCACGCAACAACUACGAUCAAAAUGGUGAAAUACAACUAUUGCAGGAAACACUUGAUAGCCUCCGUCACACUCUCGAUCGGGAUGAAGCCGAACUAAGAGACUCUAGCGAUGAAAUAUUUGCUUUGAACCGCUACAACGGUGGUAGUAACGCUUUGCAGCAAUCAGACUCAACAAUGAGAAGCAUCAUUGAGAGACUGAUAACCAUGGAAGAAGAACUUCGUCGUGAACAAAUGAAAAUGUCUCUUGCUCUCUCGCACAAACAGCGUGUUAUUGAAGCCCAAGGACAACAAAUAGCAGCUCUAGAUGCAGCGAAUAAUCGACUACUCAGUGCUUUGACAGCUCUACGACAACGGUACGAAACUCAGCAACAGCAUCACCAUCACCCAAAUGCAUCCUCAUCGCAACAGUAGAAAUGUCCCCAUUAAGGACUUACCUUGCAACAGACCAAAGUUAAAUAAAAUCCAUAAGGAUAUUCUAGCUUCGUUGUAGUUGAUCUGGCUACAGUAACAAAUUAAAUAUAUAUUUCAUAAAAACACGUUAAACCAGCUUUCAGUCGGUUUUUCGGAAGUUAUGGAUUCCGUUCAUAAAUAUAAUUUGACCAAUAUUUAAGUCCAUCAAAGCAUGAAUAUCGGCAAUUAUGCAUUUGAAGAAUAAAUAAUUUUACUCAAGCAAUCAUUAUACACUCAAAACCAACUCACCAUUCUGAUAGGAUAAGGUGUGCUGGUAAGGUUUUUGUAUUAGAUAGAAGCUAACGCAUGAACAUCUUUAUUUACCAUUAUAUUCACUAGAAGUGUACACUUUUUACCAAAAAUUUGAUAUUCAUUCACAUGGAAAUAUUCAUAACAUUUAUUAUAAUUGCAAUAGGCAACACUUCAUUGUUUUAGCUUUUUUAACACAUCAAUUCAAAUACAGUUUGCAACAAUAACAAGAAGGAAACCAGAACAAAGGCAGUUUAACCGAAAGAAAAAUUCAAAUUGAAUUUUUAAAGUAGUUUUAUGUUAUUUGUUUAGUUUUAGUUUGUAAGUUCAGUUUAUUCUCUUAAUAGAUAUGUGUGUAUUUAUUUUGUCAUUUUAUUCGUUAAUUUUAAAACUAUUAUAAUAUUAUUUUUUUUUUCAAUUAAAAAUAUAAAUUCGUUUUUCAAAACUUUAUGUUAUAUUUCAAAGAAGGUAACAAUAAAUUUCUUCUAAAAAAAAUGAAAUAUUCAGUAGAAGAAAAUUUGCUAUGAAAACAUUUGUAUAUAAUUAUAAAUGAAAUAAUU